CAGGGUACUUAACUAAACCCAUCGUCCGAAGCUUGAAUAAGUUAGUUGUAGAGAUCAUAAUAUAAAACCGAGAUGAAGGUAAAAGUUAAGCUUAUUUUAGUUGUUAUCAUGGUGGUGAUGAUCAUUGUAUGCUCUUGUUCGGAUGCGAGGACUACCAUUCCACGUGAAAAUAAUCAAGAAAACGAGAAAAUAUCCCGAGAGAUGAUUGGGAAAGAAGAAAUUUUAACUGAGAAAAUAGAGCACCCUAGAAGCAGUGUGGAGAACCACCAUUACAUCCCAAGACAAGAUUUCAACAACUAUGGACCUGGAGGCGAUAACAAUGGAGGCGGUGGGGGAUAAUCAAAUCAAAUCGUGAAAACUAAAUCAAUAUAUAUAUAUAAAUAUUAUAUAACAAAUAAAACUUAUGGAUGUAUAUGUGAAAUUAUAGUGUAUGAGGCCAGCACACUGUAUAAAGUCCUCUUCUGUUUAAUAACCCUUCUAGAUAUGAUCCUUUCUUAGUUGUUUUGUACUGUCUUUUCCCUAUAUAUAUAUAUAUAUAUAAGAUAAUCUGUUUGAAUAAAAACAUAUUUCUAAAUUCAUCAUUACAGAUGAAUUU